AGAUAACGUAUACCUAUGAUUGUCUGCAUUAAGACACAUAAUCAACUAAUUUGUCCAUUCACAGAACAAAGGUUACAAAGUAAAAAGCAGCAAGUGCAGAAAUGGCAGAGAUACACGGAGCCGGGGGACGAGCUGGAGCCGACCGCCUCGUCUCCGAUGAAGAGGUCCUCGCGGAACCUGUCGGACGACCUCGAGAACGGCGACGACGACGACAGCCCCCUGCCGGAGGCCGUGCUCACCACCAACCUAGGACUGGACAUAGUCGUCGUUGUUACCAAGACUGACUACAUGAGCACACUGGAGAAGGAGCAAGACUACCGCGACGAGCACUUCGACUUCAUGCAGCAGUGGGUGCGCCGCUUCUGCCUGCAGUACGGCGCCGCGCUCUUCUACACCAGCGCCAAGGAGGACAAGAACUGCGACCUGCUGUACAAGUACCUCACGCACAGGAUAUACGCGCUGCCCUUCAGGACGCCCGCGCUCAUCGUCGAGAAGGACGCUGUGCUAAUUCCGGCAGGCUGGGACAGCAUGAAGAAAAUUAGCAUAUUGUAUGAAAACAUGCAGUCUUGUAAGCCAGACGACUACUACAGAGAUAUCAUUGUGCAACCUGCUACGAGGAAAAGCGGCGGCAGUCGCGAGGCGGAGGUGCAGGCGGAGGACGAGCAGGCGUUCCUGCAGCGACAGCUCGCUGCGUUGCAGGCCGGCGCGCCCGCGCCCCGCGCCGACUCGCCGCUCCGCACCGCGCAGCGCACCACGCAGCAGUUGGACGGUGCGAAAAUCGGCAUGGGCCCCGGCACGCCGGGCAACGAGGGCGUGCUGGCGAACUUCUUCAACUCGCUGCUGUACAAGAAAACGGGCUCGCCGGGCGCGCGGCCGGACGCGGGCGCGGGCGCCGCCGCCGCGCGCUCCGACGCCGCCGCCGAGCUCGACCGCCUCACACGCACCAAGCGCCCGCCGCCGCCCAUCGACCUCAACUCCUCCUCCGACUGCUAGCCGACACGGUGGUGUAGUAGAGCGGCUAGUGUGGGUCCCGCGCGGCACUGUGCCCUGGCUGCGGUGCAGGCGCAGACUGCGCCGGCUCGCGGCUGACGGGCGCGAGUCGACAUCUCCAAGCUCCACGCUGUCGUACACCGCUCGGUUGCUUGUAGAUUUAAUUAAUCUAUCGAAACGCCUUAACGGUGUGCGCUGUGCAAACAAACAUUAUUUUAGUUUGCUUUUAAAUUAAUCGAUACUUGUUGUCAACUAUCGAUAGUCUUUCGACCUUCUAAACUGCGACGGCAAAAGCGCGCGCUGUGCACACUUAAAAUCGGGAUCUCGAAGAGAUUGUCUCCCAGUGAGAAUAGAGUUAUUUAUCGAUGAUGUUUCGUGAUAUUUUAUCGAGCGAUUUCAUCGAUUUCCUUUUUUGACUCGCAUAUUGUAAGUGAAGUGACAGUAUUUAACACAAUAAUAGCUUGGCAGCUUAAGUAGAUAAUAACAACCGAGCGUUGUACGGCUCCGGCUCGAUGGUCCUCUGGUAACAGUCGAUAUGGCGAUGAGAACCUGUAUUGUUAUAUAUCGAGGAAGUUAGCUAUUAAUUGUAAAAUUAACAGGAAAGGGCUAAGUGGCAUUUUACACGUUGGCUAAAAAUGUAUGAGCACAUCUAAAAUAGCGUCAGCAAUGUCCUGAAUCGAUGAAGUGGUAAGCAAAAAAAAUAAAAUAAAAUUACAAUUUUAUAUGCAUCUUAUCCCUGCUAUGAAUUAGCUUCUUUGAUUAGCUGUUGUACAAUUUUCAGCCAAGAAAAAUGCUCGUAACACAUAGAACAAUUUUCAUACAUUUCCAUAACAAGAUCGACACAAACGUGUUUGUAUACUUUCCUAUGAUUUUAUUUGUAACAAUCUUUUAUGAUAUUAUAAUAAGUAUUUAUUUAGAUAGUGCGUCGAAUUCGAAACGUGUAUUAUUUGUAUACAUUGUGAAAGUUAUUGUCAUCUGAGAUUAAAGGGUUUUCGUACCGUGUGAUCUUCUGUGAAGACUGGCAGUGCAAUGAUUGAACUGGAAUAGUGAUGUGCCGAGUUACUUAAUUCAUUCGAGUGAAUUAUCGACAUUGUUUACUCGAGGUUAGUCUAUUGUCAUCAAAACUAAAUUUGAAUUAUAUUAUACUUAACGCACGAAACUUGUAUGCUAUACCUCAAUUUACAAACCAAAUUUUAUAUUUGUCUUAUUCGAUAAAAGUCAUUAGCCAGAGAGCAAUACUUUUCCAAUCGAAUACGAUAAAAUUCAUUCAAACAUUCGAAUACGUGAACUAUUCGAGAUAAUCGAUAUGUCGCUAGAUUCGGCACAUCGCUACAGCAACGUUUAAUGCACAAUGAAGUCACUAUAAUGUACAAACAGACGUUCACGGCUGCGUGGUGAUGCGCGUCCUCCGUCACGACUGGACUGUAAUGGUGACCUUUAUUGUGUCGAGCGAAUUUAUUUAUUCGAAAAAUAUAUAUAUUACACGGAGAUUAUUCUUUUUUAUUCCCAACCCGUUCAUGUAGGUGUUUGUGUUUGUUAACAUCGGAUUAUGUUCUUGUGGUGCAAUACUGAACAUUCCAAACCUGGUUUGGUGCUUUAUUAUAGUAAAUUUAUUAAAUUAUAUCAUGGAGUUUCAUUUACAUUGCCUUCAGCUCUAUCUCUAAAGGUCACUAUAGUCCCGACACUCGCAGUACAGUACUUAAUCGUUAGACUUUCCAAUAAAAAUAUAAAAUGAACCGCUAAAAGCUGGCUUUCAUAAAUUUAAGUAUUUAUAUCAAUUAAUAAUCUUUGAAUUUAUAAUGUAACUUAUUAAUUUGGUUAGUUAGUGUAAAAUAAUUUUAAAUAUUAUAUUAACGUCGGGUGCAAGUUGGCUGGCAAACUUAGUUUAGUUGGCUGAAAAUAUAGCUGUUGUUGCUUCGAUUCUAUUGAAGUUAUAAAAAAAAUAUGUUCUAUGAAAAAAAAUGUAAUUUUUAAUAAAAAGUACUGAAAAAAUGCAAUGAUAAAAAAGUAUUAAUAAAAGACAAUAUUUUUUUAAAUCCUGUGAACAUGAGAAAUGCAGCUUCAACUGACAUCAGUUAAACAAGGCAAUUUACCAAUUAUUUAAAAAAUCAGUCAAUCAAAACAAAAUCAUUACAAACUGCUUAACUAAUUGGAACAUAUCAAAGAUCAUUUCAUUGUUAUAAAUCGUUGGCAAUUGGUAACCUUCGAUUCUAAAUGUAAUACUUAAUCUUUUAACUCUCAAUGAUAUUGAUAAGCGGCAAUGCUUUACAUAUUGUUCAAUAAAGACUAAAAUAAGUUUGUCAACAAACAUCAUAAGAGAUGUUAAUACAUUUUGUAUAAAGACGGUUUGGCAAAUUUUUAUAUGAAAUAUUUGUACAAGGAAUGAAAUGGAAGAUAUAAAGGCUGGUUGAUUGUCUAUUUUUAUAAUGGGGAUUAAAUGUUAGGUGGCUAAAAUGCAUAUUCCUUAGGCGUAGUUGUGUGGUUUCGGGGAGCAGCCACAUACAAGGUGACUAGAUGAGUUAGUGUUACGACUAGUGUUGUUAGGAAAGUCAGUUUUAACAUUAGUUAGUCAGGAAUGAUCUUAAUUGUAAGCUGAACAUUUGGACCAAUUGUGCAGCUGUAGUAUUAAAAUCGAAAUUAAUUUUACAAUUAAAAGACUAAAUAUUACUGAUAUCUUGUCAGUGAAAAAUCGUAUCAAUUACAACUGAAAACUGUUUGUGCAUAAUUAUAUUUUAAUCAAGAAAGGCAUGUAUCACUUACUGUAUUGCUUAUAGCAUAACGCACGCGUUUUAUUAGUAAUACGACUCUGUCUAUAUCUAGUCAUCUAGUGUGGUUAGGCUCCUUUAGAAUAAAAACAUUACUAUACAAUACGACAAAGUAUUGUGUCUUUCAAUAUAAUAUUUCGACUUACUCUCUAAUACUACACGGACUAUUAAUAUACGUAUGAUAAUAUAAAUAUUUAUUCAUGAAUAAUAUGAAUUAUUUUUAUAUAAUUACGUCUAUAAUUAUAAUCUGUGUAUGAAGCUUGUGAAAUUUGGCGCUUUCUAAAUUAGGGGGAAACCUAUCGAUCACUGAUUAAAUAUAUUGCUCAGUUAAAUUUUAUUUUCUAUAUUUAAAGGUUUACGUAACUAGUCAAAACAUUCAUAUUAAUUUAUGUUUUAAUUACCUACAAUUAUCUUUUUUCUGUGAUAUGAUUUUUUUUUAUGUAGAACAAAAUGUAUUUCUUUGUUGUAACCUUCAUGUAUUAGCCACAUAACAUCCUCAAAGCAUAAAGCGUUAUAGAACACGUCACACCCUUUGUUAUGCUCAAUAUUAAAGACGGUUUUUAUUCGUGACUAAAAUUUUAACGAAAAUAUAUAUUUCUCGCAGGUAUUGUGUUUUUCAAGUAAAUUAUUUAUUUGUGAUGUAAACCUAGGGUUGACUUGUUUAAUAAUAUAAUUGCUAGUAUGCCAUUUUGGUUGUAAUAAUACAUAAUAUAAGCUGGUAAAGGCUUAGUGAUUAUAAUAUUAGAUUCUCAAACGAUAGUUUCGUUACGCUUCGCAAUAGGUUAGAUUCCAAUAUUUAAAUAGUGAUCGUUUUAGUUGUUUAAAUAUAAUACUUAUGUUAUUUAAUAAUACUAAAAUUUAUCUGUAAGCUAUUGUCGAAAGACUAAAGUUGCAAGAUUUAGUUGUAUUGAGUGUAAUAAAAUAUUUAAUAUUGAAUAUAAAAAAAUAAUAAUAAAUAAUCAAAAAGCAGACAGUGAGCAUCCAUGAUGUACGGGACACAUUUUUGUUAUGUUUCCAUUCUAACUGUAUGGAUGUCUUCUGGUGAGCGGCCGCUGUCUCGUGACUAGUGCAUGACGCUCCUAGUCGGCCCCGACUAGACGCUUCCGACAGUAGUCACGUAAUUCGUGGCCGCCGCCUUGUUCUAUCGCCGCACACUCAUCUCUGUAAACAGUUUUACAGAACGUAUGAAGUGAUAUGCACAUUUAUGUUUGUUGUAGCCAAUGAUUAUAAUAUUUUGAUAGUAAGUUUAACGGCGAUAUUGUACAGAGAAUAAUUUAAAUAAACUAGCACGGGAACUGUUCUGAUCAA